UCUGAUGAAAAAUUCUUGUCAUCAGAGUAGUUACAUGGAUUCAAAUAAAUUAUUUAAUUAUAAUUUGAUGUUUUAAUAAUAUCAACAACUGAUAAUUAUAAAUAAUGAUAUUUUAUUUAAAAAUGGUGGGUAACGAUUAAUUUCUGGAUUAAAAAUUGGAAAAGUAAAAAACUAAAAAAAGUACUCGUCUAGAUUUCCAAAAAUUGUAUAAGCAUAAAAAUCAAAAAGUAACAAGGAUCAUAAACAAUCUAUGACAUUUUGUUUUUUUUUAUUUUACUGACAAUUAAUGACAUCUAGUGAAUAUAUUUGAAAACUACCCAAGGAUGUCAGUUAGUCACAAUGGCUGAAAGAAAUUUUGGGAUUUUCUAUAACCUAAAUUGAGUGUGCUGUCACUCAAUCGCCAGUAAUAUAGUUGCAGCUGGGUAUCAUCAAGAAUCAGUGAGGUAAAUUAAAAAAAAAAAUUUUUUUUUUCAUUUUUUUUCCUUGUUAAAUAAAACCAAAUAGCAACAAAGGAAUAAUAUAACCAGUUGUUUAAAAGUUAUCAACAAUACAUUUAAACUAUUCUUAUUCUGAAGAAGAAAUAUUAUAUUAAAUAAAUAUUAUUUGUACAAAAAUUAUAAAACUGAAUGGAUGAGAGUAAUUACGAUUCUCCAGACGAAUAUACCAGCCUGAUGGAUGCCCAUGUAGCUGAGACACGAACCGACACUUCAGGUUUGGUCGUCGAAAAAAGAAAGCGACGAUUGAAAGCACCCGCCAAUAAUGAAGAUGGAAAUUUACCAGAAGUACGUAUAGAAAAUCCAAGUUCAUCCGGAUUUUUCGGUGGAUCAAGAUCUGCUCCACCUCUUGGUCCAGGUGAUGAUCCAGAUAGUUAUCAGCAAGAAGAAUUAGAAGAAGGCUUAAAGUACGGAGCAACCCAUGUCAUUAAACUAUUUGUUCCCGUAUCACUCUGUAUGCUGGUAGUUGUGGCAACAAUAAGCUCCAUAACAUUUUAUACAAUGAAAGGAGAGUAUUUAAUUUAUACACCAUUUCAUGACGAUGGAGCAGAUACAAGCACCAAAGUUUGGCAAGCAGUUGCCAAUUCAAUGAUUUUAUUGUUUGUCAUUGUUUGUAUGACUGUACUUUUAAUAGUUUUAUACAAGUACAAAUUUUAUAAAUUCAUUCAUGCGUGGCUGAUAAUGAGCUCACUGAUGUUACUAUUUAUUUUUACUGCAUUAUAUUGUGAAGAAGUAUUAAAAGCUUACAACAUUCCAAUGGAUUUAAUUACAUUGGCAAUUAUUUUAUGGAAUUUUGGAUUCGUUGGAAUGAUUUGUAUCCAUUGGCAAGGUCCACUGGCUCUUCAGCAAGCAUAUUUAAUAUUUAUUGCUGCUCUGAUGGCUUUAGUUUUUAUUAAAUACUUACCCGAGUGGACGGCAUGGUUUGUAUUAGCAGUUAUUAGCAUCUGGGAUUUAAUUGCCGUUUUGACGCCCAAUGGUCCACUGCGAGUUCUAGUAGAAAUGGCUCAAGAACGUAAUGAGCCCAUUUUUCCAGCUCUUAUUUAUUCUUCAACAAUAAUGUACAGCUUUACUUUAAGUUAUGUUGGUUAUAUUGGUGCAGCAACAAUGGCUAAUGAUGAAUCUGCAGCUGGAGAAGGUGUAAGAUCUCCAGCAAGAGCUCAGACACAAAAUAGUACUGUAGCAGCAAGUGGAGAUGAAGCUGGAUUCACCAGAGAUUGGGUUGAUCAUCAUGAAGAACGUAGUACAAGAAGAGCUGAAGAAAUACGUCAUACUGGAGAAUUAAGUGGUCAAGUUAAUUCACAAGCUCAACAACAACAAUAUCAACGAUCUGUUUCUGAUGAAGAACGCGGCGUUAAAUUAGGUCUUGGUGAUUUUAUAUUUUACAGUGUUUUAGUCGGUAAAGCAUCAAGUUACGGUGAUUGGAAUACAACAUUAGCUUGUUUUGUUGCUAUUUUAAUAGGACUUUGUCUUACACUUCUAUUACUCGCAAUAUUUCAAAAAGCUUUACCAGCACUUCCUAUAUCAAUAACUUUUGGUUUAAUAUUUUAUUUUGCUACACGUGUUAUUGUCGCUCCAUUUGCUGACAGUUUAGCAAGUGAACAAGUAUUUAUUUAGCUUUAAUUUUUAUAUAUACUUAAAGUAUAUAUAGAAGAGACUCAUUAAUUCCAAGACUUAUAUAAUUUAUUAAUUGAUUAAGUAAUUGAUUAAUUAAUUAUAUAUACAUAUAAAUACUUUUAUUUAAAGUUUCUUUUUAAUUAAUAUCUAUUAAUUAAUUAACAUCAAUUUAAUUAAAUUGCUCUAAUAAAUUAUCGAACAAGGUGAAUAAUUUUUAUAACAUUAACAUAUUAAUUUAUUUAAAUGAUUAAUGUCAUUGAUUUCGUUUAUAUACAUAUUAUAGUAUUGUAAAAUUGUAAAAAAAAGAAGCAAUUUAAUGAACUUAUUCUCGAUACAGUGAUAUAUGAAAUUUGAAGUAAACAUAUAUUUAAAUUUACUUUUUUUCUUUUUUGUUAUUUAUGUACAAUACACAUUAGCGCCUUUAUAACACUGGGAAUUAUAGAUAUCAAUACAUUGAGAUUCCUACAAGUCCAUUGCACAGCCAUGGGAAUGAUUAUAAUAAUGCACUUGGUAAAGUUAGACAUUUUCACUAUUGGAAUAUAAUUAGAUUUUUUUUCUUCUACUAAUGCUCGCUUUUACUCAUGAGAAGACAAUGAUGUAGGCAAGAUACAAAAUUAAUAACCUUUUUAAAUAUAACUUUUUUUUUUUUCUUUAAUAUUAAAAGUAAAUAUUGCAUUUUUUUAAACAUAGAUAUUUGUAUAAUCUAGUAAACUUUGAAUUUUGUGUUUUAUUAAUUCAACAUUAAAAUUUGUUAUUGGAGCAUUAGAUAACAA